AUGAGCCGAAAAAUUUAAGCCGGUUUUAAAAUUUUUUGGUCGCGUUGCGGCAUCGCGCGGCGGUCCGACCCCAUAACACAUACGCAAUUAGAAACCACUGAUUUAGAAAGAAGAAUGGUAGCUCUUUAAGAUGGUAUAACUUUACCAGCUGUAUAAUAUAAUUAAAUGCUAAAAAUGUUCAAUUUAAAAUUUUAAAAUGAUUUUUUUCCAUGAAAAAAUAAUUUUACAGCCGCCAAAGUUAUAUAUUCCGAAAGGGCAUCCAAUUUGCCAUAAAACUGUUACGAUUUAAUGAACACUCCAUGUAUGGGGUCGGACCGCAGUAAAUGAAACCAAUGUAUACAAAUCGCGACGACCCGCAUCUAAAUUUCGCCGGCUUGAGUCAAGAUUUUGUUGAAUUCCGGAACACCCGACCUCGGUUCAGAGCAAGAUUUUGUGUUUAUUCGUUGAUUACAGUGGAUUUAAAAACACGUGCAGAGCAAGAUAUUAGCAUAAAAGAAAGGGGAAACUCAUUGGCCUACCAAAAAUUUUGUAUUGUUGUGAAAGCAACAACAGGACUCCUGAAUACUUUUGAAGGAAACCAUAUGUCAAAUACAUUUUCUAUACUCUGGACCAAUGGAAGGAUCCCUUACUCUUACUGGAUUCCAUAA